AUUGUUUUUAUUGCAUGGCAUUGCUUGCUUUCAUCACCUCUAAUAGUUUGCCAAGUUGGCAAGAUAUGAUAUGACUGGGAUUGGAAUAAAUCUCAGGGAGGUUCUAGAUGACAAUCAAGGUCUGAAACUUAAAGUCAUAGGGCUCCUCUUGCAUGGACCUGCCCAUAGUGCUGGUGUAAGGCAGGGGGAUGAAUUACUGUCAGUUAAUGGUAUAGAUGUUACGGGAAAAUCUGCUUUUGAAGCAUCAUCGCUAAUUCAUGGUUCAAGUGGAACAUUGGUGAACAUCAUGGUCAAACAUGGUAGAUGUGGACCGGUGCAAUCAAUUGAUAUUGAAAGACAGUCUAUUGCAAGGACUCCAGUUUAUUAUCGGAUGGAGCAGAUUGGAAAUAGUUCGAGUUUUGUUGGCUACGUGCGCCUUAAAGAAUUCAAUGCAUUGGCCAGAAAGGAUUUAGUAACAGCAAUGAAGCGACUCCAUGACAUGGGUGCCUCAUCUUUUGUUCUUGAUCUUAGAGAUAAUCUUGGCGGAUCUGUACAGGCUGGUGUUGAAAUUGCUAAACUUUUUCUACAUGAAGGGGAGUUGGUAACUUAUACUGUUGGAAGGGAUCCACAGUACACGCAGAGUAUUGUUGCAGAAUCUCCACCUCUAAUUACUACCCCUGUUAUUAUUCUGGUGAAUAAAAAUACAGCAAGCGCGAGUGAAAUUGUUGUCACUGCACUUCAUGAUAACUGCAGAGCUGUCCUCGCGGGGGAGCGGACCUAUGGAAAGGGCUUGAUUCAACAUGUAUUUGAGCUUCAAGACGGGUCAGGCAUUGCUGUUACAAUUGGGAAGUAUGUUACACCAAAUCAUAUGGACAUAAAUGACAAUGGUAUCGAACCUGAUUUCAGGAACCUCCCUGCUUGGAAUGAAGUCACCAAACGCCUGUCUGAAUGUCACAAACCAAAUUGAGGAUAAAGCAAAGGUUUUUGAUGGUUUGAAAUUACCAAUUUCUUUCUUGGAUUUUCCAUCUCCAUAUAACCCACCCCAUUAUAGGUCUCACUCUGUUGUGCUUUUGUUAUUAUCAGCUUUUAGAAGUGCUUUUGAUAAGAACAGUUUUACAGGAAAAAAAUGUUUGACAAUACAACUACAAAGUGUUUUUGGGUGAAAAUUUUCAAAAGGAAUACUCUUUUUAUCUUUAAAACAUUUGGAAGAAGCAUGGAUCACAUGCUUAUUUCAGAAGCACUUGUUUCUUGGUUCUUUGGCUCUUCCACUUCUUCCAAUCCCUAUCCAUAAUCAAUGUCUGGGUGGUAUUACUCCAUUUGAUAGACUCGUCUCUUGGCUGUUUCCUCUGACAUCUUGAUAGCCCAUGGAAUUCUUUGAUUUAACAAAAAAUGAUCAUUUUCACUGCAAAAUAGGGUCAAAAGCUGGCCUGAGACGGGUGGUUAUUUUUCACUAAACUGAAAAGCCAACUGUUCAUAUGGAGAUAUUAUGUUCUACACAGGUAGUAUGCAUGUCAAAGGAUUAAGUCAUCCGAGUCUCUGAAGGCGAGUCUGGUAGCUACAAAACUAAGCUGAAAUGAGGCCAAGAAACCUGUGUGUUGAGU